AUGGCCCGGCUCGGGAGCUGGGGGCUGCUGUGCUUCGCGGUGCUCGCCCUGCCCGGUCCCCCUGGAGCCUGUGCCCAAGACGAUGUCUCCCCGUACUUUAAGACGGAGCCGGUGCGGAGCCAGGUCCACCUGGAGGGGAACCGCCUGGUCCUGACGUGCAUGGCGGAGGGCAGCUGGCCCCUCGAGUUCAAGUGGCUGCACAACAGCCGGGAGCUGACCAAGUUCUCCCUGGAGUACCGGUAUAUGAUCACGUCGCUGGACCGCACGCAUGCCGGCUUCUACCGCUGCAUCGUCCGCAACCGGAUGGGAGCCCUGCUGCAGCGCCAGACCGAGGUGCAGGUGGCCUACAUGGGGAGUUUUGAGGACAGCGAGACGCAGCAGAGCGUGUCCCACGGAGAGGCAGCCGUCAUCCGUGCGCCCCGCAUCGCCAGCUUCCCCCAGCCCCAGGUCACCUGGUUUCGCGACGGACGGAAGAUCUCCCCCAGCAGCCGCAUAGCCAUCACGCUGGAGAACACCCUCGUCAUCCUCUCAACCGUGGCCCCGGACGCGGGACGUUACUACGUGCAGGCGGUGAACGACAAGAACGGGGACAACAAGACGAGCCAGCCCAUCACGCUGACCGUGGCCAACGUGGGUGGCCCGGCUGAUCCCAUCGCACCCACCAUCAUUGUGCCACCCAGGAACACCAGCGUGGUGGCCGGGACCUCCGAGGUGACCAUGGAAUGUGUGGCCAAUGCCAGGCCGCUGAUCAAGCUGCACAUCAUCUGGAAGAAGGACGGGGUGCCCCUCUCCAGCGGCAUCAGCGACUACAGCCGCCGGCUCACCAUCCUCAACCCCGCGCUGAGCGACAGCGGCUACUACGAGUGCGAGGCCGUGCUCCGCAGCAGCAGCGUGCCCGCUGUGGCCAAGGGCGCCUACCUCUCUGUCCUGGAGCCGCCGCAGUUUGUCAAGGAGCCGGAGAGGCACAUCACGGCCGAGAUGGAGAAGGUGGUGGCCAUCCCCUGCCAAGCCAAAGGUGAGCUGCUCCCCAGCCGCCCUCCCCGUGCCGCCGCAGCCCCGUGCCUGACGUGGCCCUGGCCCUUGCAGGUGUGCCCCCCCCCCGAGAUGGCCUGGUACAAGGACGCUGCCCUCAUCCACCUGGAGAAGCUGUCCCGCUUCCAGCUCCUGGCAGACGGCAGCCUGCAGAUCACCGGGCUUGUCCCCGAUGACACCGGCAUGUUCCAGUGCUUCGCCCGCAACGCGGCCGGCGAGGUGCAGACCACCACGUACCUGGCCGUGACUAGCAUCGCCCCCAACAUCACCAGGGGUCCCCAGGACAGCACGGUGAUUGACGGCAUGUCCGUAAUCCUCAAUUGCGAGACCUCGGGGGCUCCGCGCCCCGCCAUCACGUGGCAGAAAGGGGAGCGGAUCCUGGCCAGCGGCUCGGUGCAGCUCCCGCGCUUCACCCUCCUGGAGUCGGGCAGCCUGCUCGUCAGCCCCGCGCACCUCGCCGACGCCGGCACCUACACCUGCCUGGCCGCCAACUCCCGUGGCGUGGACGAGGCGUCUGCCGACCUGGUGGUCUGGGCAAGGACACGCAUCACCAACCCGCCGCAGGACCAGAGCGUCAUCAAGGGGACCAAGGCCAUCAUGAACUGUGGGGUCACCCACGACCCCAGCGUGGAUGUCAGGUACAUCUGGGAGAAGGACGGGGCGCCGCUGAGCCUGGAGAGCGGCCCACGGGUGCGCCUGGAUGAGAUGGGCACCCUCCACAUCUCCCAGACUUGGUCGGGCGAUAUCGGCACCUACACCUGCAAGGUGGUCUCCGCUGGGGGCAACGACUCGCGCAGCGCCCACCUCCGCGUCCGGCAGCUCCCCCACGCCCCUGAGAGCCCCGUGGCCGCCCUCAGCCCCCUGGAGAAACGGGCCAUCAACCUCACCUGGGCCAAGCCCUUCGACGGCAACAGCCCCCUGCUCCACUACAUCGUGGAGGUCUCCGAGAACAACGCGCCCUGGACCGUGCUGCUGGCCAGCGUGGACCCCGAGUCGACGUCGGUGGCAGUGCGGGGCUUGGUCCCUGCUCGCUCCUACCAGUUCCGCCUCUGCGCCGUGAACGACGUGGGCAGGGGGCAGUUCAGCAAGGACACGGAGAGGGUGUCCCUGCCCGAGGAGCCCCCCUCUGCGCCCCCCCAGAAUGUCAUCGCCAGCGGCCGCACCAACCAAUCCAUCAUGAUCCAGUGGCAGCCGCCACCCGAGAGCCACCAGAAUGGCGUCCUCAAGGGCUACAUCAUCCGGUACUGCCUGGCCGGGCUGCCCGUGGGCUACCAGUUCAAGAACAUCACGAAUGCCGACGUCAACAACCUGCUGCUGGAGGACCUCAUCAUCUGGACCAACUACGAGAUCGAGGUGGCGGCGUACAACAGCGCCGGCCUGGGGGUGUACAGCAUGAAGGUGACCGAGUGGACGCUGCAGGGAGUCCCCACGGUGCCCCCGGGGAACGUGCAGACUGAAGCCACCAACUCCACCACCAUCCGCUUCACCUGGAACCCCCCCAGCCCCCAGUUCAUCAACGGCAUCAACCAGGGGUACAAGCUCAUCGCCUGGGAGCCGGAGCACGAGGAGGAGGCGACGGUGGUGACGGUGCGGCCCAACUUCCAGGACAGCGUGCACGUGGGCUACGUGGCGGGGCUGCGGAAAUUCGCCGAGUACUUCACCUCGGUGCUGUGCUUCACCACGCCGGGGGACGGCCCGCGCAGCCCCCCCCAGCUGGUGCGCACCCACGAGGACGUGCCUGGCCCUGUGGGACAUCUCAGCUUCAGUGACAUCCUGGACACGUCCCUGAAGGUCAGCUGGCAGGAGCCGCUGGAGAAGAACGGCAUCCUGACGGGCUACCGGAUCUCCUGGGAGGAGUACAACCGUACCAACACGCGGGUGACCCAUUACCUGCCCAACGUCACUCUGGAGUACCGCGUCACCGGCCUCACCGCCCUCACCACCUACACCAUCGAGGUGGCUGCCAUGACCUCCAAGGGCCAGGGCCAGGUCUCCUCCUCCACCAUCUCCUCAGGGGUGCCGCCAGAGCUCCCCGGUGCCCCCACCAACCUGGGCAUCUCCAACAUCGGACCCCGCACCGUCACCAUCCAGUUUCGCCCGGGCUACGAUGGCAAAACCUCCAUCUCCCGCUGGCAGGUGGAAGCACAGGUGGGUCAGAGCGGCGAGGCCGAAGAGUGGGGGCUCGUCCACCAGCUGGCUAACGAGCCCGACGCCCGCUCCCUGGAGGUGCCCAACCUGAAGCCCUACACCUACUACAGUUUCCGCAUGCGGCAGGUGAACAUUGUGGGCACCAGCCCCCCCAGCCUGCCCUCCCGGAGGAUCCAGACCCUGCAGGCACCCCCGGACGUGGCACCCGCCAACGUCACCCUGCGGACAGCCAGUGAGACCAGCCUGUGGCUGCGCUGGAUGCCCCUCCUGGAGCAGGAGUACAACGGGAACCCCGACUUGGUGGGCUACAAGAUCCGGUACGUGCGCUCGGACGGGCGAGGGCAGCCGGCGGUGCACGUCAUCCACGACCGCGUGGAGAGGGAGUACACCAUCGAGGACCUGGAGGAGUGGACCGAGUACCGGGUGCAGGUCCAAGCCUUCAAUGCCAUCGGCUUGGGGCCCUGGAGCCACGCGGUGGUGGGACGCACCCGGGAGUCAGUGCCCUCCUCCGGCCCCAGCAAUGUGUCGGCGCUGGCCACCACCUCCAGCAGCAUGCUGGUCCGAUGGAGUGACAUCCCUGAGGCAGACUGCAACGGCCUCAUCCUGGGCUACAAGGUGAUGUACAAGGAGAAGGACUCGGAUGCGCAUGCCCAAUUCUGGCUGGCAGAGGGCAAUGCCUCCCGCAGCGCCCAGCUGAGCGGGCUGGGCAAGUACACGCUGUACGAGAUCCGUGUGCUGGCCUUCACCAGGAUCGGUGACGGCGUGCCCAGCCGGCCCCCCAUCCUCGAGCGGACGCUGGAUGACGUGCCUGGGCCCCCCGUUGGGAUCCUCUUCCCUGAAGUGAGAACUACCUCGGUGCGGCUCAUCUGGCAGCCGCCCAUGGCACCCAACGGCAUCAUCCUGGCGUACCAGGUCACCCACCGCCUCAACAGCAGCACGGCCAACGCGGCCACCGUGGAGGUGCUGGAGCCCAGCGCCCGGCAGUACACGGCCACCGGCCUCCAGCCCGAGGCCACCUAUCUCUUCUGCAUUGCGGCGCAGACCCGCAAGGGCUGGGGCGAGGCGGCCGAAGUCCUCGUGGUGACCACGGAGAAGAGAGACCGCCCGCAGCCCCCCGGGAAGCCGCUGGCGCAGCAGGAGGAGGUGCGAGCCCGCAGCGUGCUGCUCUCCUGGGAGCCGGGCAGCGACGGGCUCUCCCCCGUCCGCUACUACACGGUGCAGACCCGCGAGCUGCCCAACGGCGAGUGGGCGCUGCACUCCGCCUCCGUCAGCCACAACACCACCGCCUUCGUCGUGGACAGGCUGAAGCCCUUCACCUCCUACAAGUUCCGCGUGAAGGCGACAAACGACAUCGGGGACAGCGAGUACAGCGAGGAGUCGGAGUCACUCACCACCCUGCAGGCGGCCCCUGAGGAAGCCCCCACCAUCCUCUCCGUCACCCCGCACACCACCACGUCGGUGCUCAUCCGCUGGCAGCCCCCAGCCGAGGACAAGAUCAAUGGGAUCCUGCUGGGUUUCCGCCUCCGCUACCGUGAGCUGGUGUACGACAGCCUGCGCGGCUUUACCCUGCGCGGCAUCGGCAACCCCGGCGCCACGUGGGCCGAGCUCACCCCCGUCUACGCCGUGCACAACCUCAGCGAGGUCUCCCUCACCCAGUACGAGCUGGACAACCUGAGCAAGCACCGGCGCUACGAGAUCCGCAUGAGUGUGUACAACGCCGUGGGCGAGGGGCCCCCCAGCCCCCCCCAGGAGGUCUUCGUGGGCGAAGCGGUGCCCACCGGCGUGCCACAGAACGUGGCGGUGCAGGCGGCCACGGCCACCCAGCUGGAUGUCACCUGGGAACCACCGCCUGCCGAGAGCCAGAACGGGGACAUCCAGGGCUACAAGAUCCACUUCUGGGAGGCCCAGCGCCAGAACGAGAGCAUGCGGGUGAAGACACUUUUCCUGCCCGAGAACGGGGUGAAGCUGAAGAACCUGACGGGGUACACCUCGUACUGGGUCAGCGUCGCUGCCUUCAACGCCGCAGGAGACGGGCCCCGCAGCCCCCCCGUCAAGGGGCGGACGCAGCAGGCAGCCCCCAGCGCCCCCGGCUCCAUCCGGUUCAGCGAGCUGACCACCACGUCGGUGAACGUGUCCUGGGAGCCGCCACCACUGCCCAACGGCGUCCUCGAGGGCUACAGGCUGGUCUACGAGCCCUGCAUGCCUGUGGACGGCGUCAGUAAGAUCGUGACGGUGGACGUGAAGGGGAACAGCCCGCUGUGGAUGAAGGUGAAGGACCUGGCCGAGGGCGUGACGUACCGGUUCCGAAUCCGGGCCAAAACCUUCGCCUACGGGCCGGAUGUUGAGGCGAACAUCACCACGGGGCCUGGGGAAGGUGCUCCUGGCCCCCCCGGCGAGCCCUUCAUCUCCCGCUACGGCUCGGCUAUCACCAUCCACUGGUCGAGCGGGGACCCUGGCCAAGGGCCCAUCACCAGAUACGUCAUUGAAGCCCGUCCUUCAGACGAGGGGCUCUGGGACAUCCUCAUCAAAGACAUCCCCAAGGAGGUGACCUCCUACACCUUCAGCAUGGACAUUCUCAAGCAGGGGGUCAGCUACGACUUCCGCGUCAUCGCCGUGAACGACUAUGGCUACGGGACCCCCAGCACGCCUUCCCCUUCCGUGUCAGCCCAGAAAGCCAACCCGUUCUAUGAGGAGUGGUGGUUCCUGGUGGUCAUCGCCCUGGUAGGGCUCAUCUUCAUCCUCCUGCUCGUCUUCGUGCUCAUCAUCCGCGGGCAGAGCAAGAAAUACGCCAAGAAGUCAGACUCAGGGAAUGGCUCCAAGGCGACCGCCCUGAGCCACGGCGAGAUGGUGAGCCUGGACGAGGGCAGCUUCCCCGCCCUGGAGCUCAACAACCGGCGCCUCUCCGUCAAGAACUCCUUCUGCCGGAAGAACGGCAUCUACACCCGGUCCCCGCCACGGCCCAGCCCCGGCAGCCUCCACUACUCGGACGAGGACGUGACCAAGUACAACGACCUGAUCCCCGCCGAGAGCAGCAGCCUGACGGAGAAGCCCUCCGAGGUCUCCGACUCUCAGGGCAGCGACAGCGAGUACGAGGUGGACCCCGGGCACCAGAAAGCCCACUCCUUCGUCAACCACUACAUCAGCGAUCCCACCUACUACAACUCGUGGCGGCGGCAGCAGAAGGGCAUCUCGCGGGCGCAGGCGUAUAGCUACACCGAGAGCGACUCGGGGGAGCCCGACCACGCGCCCCUCUCCAACAGCACCUCCACGCAGCAGGGCAGCCUCUUCCGCCCCAAAGCCAGCAGGACUCCCACCCCCCAGACCCCCGGCAACCCCCCCAGCCAGCCCGGUACCCUCUACCGCCCGCCCAGCAGCCUGGCGCCUGGCUCCAGAGCCCCCAUCGCUGGAUUUUCUUCUUUUGUUUGA